UAUUAUAAGAUCGUGACACAGAGAUCGGAUUUGAGGAAGGCCUCCUCCGUUGUAUGAGGUGGGGUGUGAGAAGCGGGCUCCCCCACCCCCCGGCAGAGUGGACGGCGCGGGGGGCGGACUCAGCUGAGGGCUGCCAGGAGUAGUGAUGGCGGAUUGAGGCGGACGUGCUGUCAGCGUGAGUGGAAGUGUCAGAUCUCUGGAUACAUUGCAUCUCUUCCCAGCUGAUCUACAGGAGGAACAGCAUGGCGCCCAGGAAGGGGGAACUGACCGAGGAGGAGAAGGAGCUGAUACAGGUCAUAUCGAAAGGCAGCGUUCAGGAUGCCGCGCAACUUCUGGGCAGUAAAGAGGUUCGGGUCAACUGCUUGGAUGAGCACGGAAUGACCCCUCUGAUGCACUCCGCUUACAAGGGGAAGGUGGAUAUGUGUAAACUACUCCUGCAGCAUGGAGCAGACGUCAACUGUAAUGAACAUGAACAUGGAUACACCGCCCUGAUGUUCGCCUGUCUAUCAGGAAAGAAAGACCUUGUGUGGGUGAUGCUUGAGGCCGGAGCCGACACGGACGCCACCAACUCAGUGGGGAGGACAGCGGCACAAAUGGCAGCUUUUGUAGGUCAGCACGACUGCGUCACGGUCAUCAAUAAUUUCUUCCCGCGGGAGAAGCUGGAUUAUUACACCAAGCCUCAAGGACUCAGCAAAGAACCAAAGUUACCGGUGAAACUAGCGGGGCCUUUACACAAGAUUAUUACCACGACCAACCUCCAUCCUGUGAAGAUCGUUUUCCUGAUUCAGGAGAACCCGCUUCUGUUGGAUCAGGAAGCUCUGAAGAAAUGCAGCAGAGUAUUGGAUCUGAUCUGUGAGAAGUGUAUGAAGCAGAGGGACAUGAAUGAGGUCCUGGCCAUGAAGAUGCAUUACGUCAGCUGCAUCCUCCAGAAAUGCACCACUUUCCUGCAGGAGGGGGGCGAUAAGCUGGACACUCUCAUUAAAAGCUUUCUGAAAGGAAGGGACAGUGACUGCUUCCCUGUUUUCCAAGAAAAGUUUAUCCGAGAAAGUAUCCGGAAGUUUCCGUUCUGUGAGGCCACUCUCCUGCAGCAGCUGGUCCGAAGUAUCGCGCCUGUGGAAAUCGGCUCCGACCCGACAGCCUUCUCCGUGCUGACUCAGGCCAUUACCGGGCAGGUGGGCUUCGUGAACGCAGAGUUCUGUACAGCGUGCGGAGAGAAGGGAGCCGAUAAGAGGUGCUCUGUGUGCAAGCUGGUGAUUUAUUGUGACCAGAACUGUCAGAAGCUGCACUGGUUCACACACAAGAAGGUCUGCAAGACACUGAAGGAGAAGAGAGAGAAGCAAGAGCUGGAAGCUGCCAAAGAGAAGAGAAUGCAGGAAAGGUUGUUGGAAGAAGUGAAAGCCAUGGAGUUGAGCUCAGCAGAUGAAGGAACACUGGUGGAAGGAGAAAGUGAAAAACCCAAAGAAAGUGAAGACCCAGAGACCUCGGAGAAUUCUGUUGCAUCAGAAAAAGGUGACAUUUCCACCACUACAGAGGAGCCCUCCACUGAUACCAAUGUGUCGCCAACCAAUGAGGGGUCAGAAAAGUGAUAAGCCUCGGAAGACUUCCAAUGUGGCUGCUCAAGGCGAGACCCCCAAGGUGCACCAACUCUACAGAACUCCACACCACAGUCUGUCCAUGGGAUUGGAGUUUCCACAAUAGAUGGUGGCCAAGGAGGGGCUUGGGAUCUGUUCUGAGGACCCGUGGUACCAACAUCCAAGAGGUCCAAAUUCCCACUUCUGCUCAGACAUUCCAUUCACAGGCUUCUUGCACUUUGUCAAAAGUCCUGAAAAUUUCUAAAAUAAAAAUAGAUGUUAAGUUUGGCUUUAAAAAAAAAAA